AUGCCUCCCAUUCCCUUUCCUCAAAAGCUCAAGAAGAACAAACAAGACACAAACUAUGAAAAAUUUCUCGAUGUUCUCAAGAAGCUCCAGAUCAAUGUUUCGUUCAUAGAUGCUAUACUACAAAUUCCAAGCUAUAAGAAAUGUUUGAAAGAGAUGUUGACAAAGAAAAGAAAGCUUCCAGAGUUUGAAAUUGUUGCAUUAACUGAGAAAAGUAGUGCAAGACUCCAGAGAAAAUUGCCUCCUAAAUUGAAGGAUCCAGGGAGUUUUACUUUACUAGUUUCAAUUGGAAAUUCUUAUUCAACUAAUGCAUUGUGUGACACUGGUGCUAGUAUCAAUCUAAUGCCAUAUUUUGCUUACAGGAAAUUGGGACUAGGUGAAGUCAACUCAACAUCAAUAACACUACAACUCGCUGAUAGAACAAUCGCAAGGCCACAUGGCAAUGUUGAGGUUGUACUCGUAAAAGUAGGAAAUUCAAUAUUUCCUGUGGAUUUCAUUGUAUUGGACACACCAGAAGAUCGAGACAUUCCAAUUAUAUUGGGUUGA